AUGGCUCUAUACAGCGUUGGUGGCGCGUUGGUGUCUGCUCUGCUCUCGCACGCAUUCCUCGUCACUCUUCUCUUCCCACUCGUUUGGCUCGUCCUGCGCUCCCUCUACCGCAUCUCCCCAUUGCAUCCGCUCUCCCACGUCCCCGGCCCUCUUCUCCCUCGCAUUUCCUCGCUGUGGCUGACCUACCACGCGUGGAUCGGCGACGAGGCGUCGGUCGUCGAGGCUCUGCACCGGCAAUACGGCCCAGUAGUCCGCAAUGGGCCGAACAGCGUCGACAUCUCUGACGGUGCGGCAUUGGCCACGAUAUACACCGAACGAGGAGGCUUUGUCAAGCCGGCCUUUUACGAAAACUUUGCGCUCCCGGACGCCACGCAGGUCCAUAACUCGAUCUUCUCCGAGGUUGACCCUUCCAUACGGGCCCCUCGGGCGAAGGCGGUUGCCGUCCUGUUCUCGACCUCGAACCUGCGACAAAGCCAGGACGUCAUCUACAAAUGCGUAGACAGGUUCGUAGAGCGGCUAGCCGGGGGGAAGAAGGCGAGCCAACAGGGCGGAGAACCAUUGAACGUCUUGAACUUGACGCGAGGACUGGCCGUCGACGCCGUGACGUCGUAUCUCUUUGGAACCAGCUACGGCGGCCUUAACGAGAGGAAGUCACAGCGGGAGCACGAGAAAGUGGCCGUGCAGCGCGAACUGGCCGAGCCGAUGAGCGCCACCGGCAUGGUCGAUUCAUUCGUCGCGGUCGGCAGGUUCUGGUACCUGCCAAAAUGGGCGUUCAAUAUCGUCGAGUCGUUGGACGCAUGGUGGAAUGCAGACGAGCAAUUGUCGCAGAGUCUGGCCCAGGUGGACGAAUUCGUCGCGAGCGUCGUGCGCGAUGCCGAGGAAGCCAUCAGAGCUUCCACGUCCACCGCCACUAGUGAUGAAAAGACUACCGCUGUCUCGAGCCGGCACCCGUUGACAUCGUACCCUGCGCGUCUCCUUCAGGCCGGCUUCACACCGUCCGAGACGCGGGCGCAGUGCAAGGACCUCAUAUUCGCCGGCACCGACAGCACGGGGAUGAACCUGGCGACGAUCCUGUUCAUGCUCGUCCGCCGCCCGGAGUGCCAUGCUCGGCUGCGUGAAGAAAUGCUGGGGCUGGCGCACAGGCCCGGGUUCGACGAGCUGCAGUCUCUGCCGUAUCUGCGGGGCGUCGUGAAAGAAGGACUGCGCCUGUCCAUGGCCAAUCCGUCGCGACUGCCGCGCGUGGUGCCAAAGGGAGGCUGGACGUUCAAGAAUAACAUGUCCAACAACACGGACUAUUACUUCCCCGCCGGCACAGAGGUCAGCUGCACGCCGUACUCUUUGCACCUGAAUGAGCGCGUCUUCCGUGACCCGCGCUCCUUCGUGCCUGAGCGCUGGCUCGAGCCUUCGGACGAGAUGUUGCGGGACGCCAUCCCCUUUGGGCUCGGCAGCCGGCAGUGCAUCGCGAGGAACCUGGCCACGGUGGAGCUGUUCUGCGCCGUCGCGCGUGUUGUUGAGGCAAAUGUCCUCCAUGGGGCGAGCACCGUGAAGUCGAGCAUCGACAUUCUCGAGUGGUUCAAUAGCAAGGUCGUCGGGGAGCGUAUAGAUUUGGUCUGGGGAUAG